AGCUGACGGCAGACGACAAAAGGAAGGAAAUGAUGAAUUCGGACAAUUUAACCUCGCAAAGCUUCCUCUCUGUGAUUCAUAGCAAUGCCAGCAAUUUAUUCUCAGGGCUCCAGUUUGUUCAGACCUUCAAGCCACUCAUCAUCCCCUGCUACUCACUAGUGGUUUUUAUUGGUGUCAUUGGGAAUUACCUUCUCAUUUAUGUUAUCUGCAAGACGAAAAAAAUGCACAAUGUCACCAACUUUCUGGUAGGCAAUCUGGCUUUCUCGGACAUGCUCAUGUGUGCAACCUGUGUACCCCUGACACUCGCGUAUGCCUUUGAGCCCAGAGGAUGGGUGUACGGGCGUUUCAUGUGCUACUUUGUUUUCCUGAUGCAACCUGUCACUGUGUUUGUGUCUGUCUUUACCUUGACUGUCAUAGCUGUGGAUAGGUAUUAUGCCAUGGUGUACCCAUUCCGCAGGAGGCUCACAAUCCCUGUUUGUGCUUAUAUCCUGGCUGCUAUUUGGCUGCUGAGCUGUACCUUGGCUGCCCCAGCCUUGGUCCACACUUACCACGCAGAGUUCCCAGAAUUGGACUUCUCUAUCUGUGAGGAGUUUUGGUUCCACAUGAAAAGAGAUCGCUUAGCUUACGCCUACAGCACUCUCAUCAUCACCUACGUACUGCCUUUGGCUGUCAUCUCCCUGUCCUACCUGAGAAUCUCAGUCAAGCUGAAAAACCGUGUGGUCCCAGGCAACGUCACCCAGGGCCAAGCUGAGUGGGAUCGAGCAAGGAGGAGAAAGACUUUUCGCUUGCUAGUCUUAGUGGUGGCGGCCUUUGGAGUCUGUUGGCUGCCUCUGCACAUCUUCAACGUGAUAAAGGACAUAGAUAUCAGCUUGAUUGACAAGCAGUACUUCAACUUCAUCCAGCUGCUGUGCCACUGGUUUGCAAUGAUGUCUGCUUGUACCAAUGCCUUCCUCUAUGCCUGGCUCCAUGACAGCUUCAGGGGAGAGCUGAAGAAAAUGUUUUCCCGGAGAAAGAAGAAAAUUGGACCCACUACAAAUUGCAUUAUGGCUAGUGUGGUGCUGUAAACGAGAGCUGGUGGGAGUGCA